AUGAGUGUUCAAAAUGUUUUUGGCUAUGUUACUGGGUGGGUUCAAAAUGUUAUGUUCCGUCAAACUUUGAUGCGUGCAGCCAUCAAAAGAGGAAUUAUCGCAGGUGCAACUAAUAAUAAAAAUGAUCAUUAUCGAGUUGAUUUCUCAAUGAAAGGACCAGAGCCAAAAAUUAACGAACUACUUAAUGAGAUAAAAUCAGGAAAAGUCCUAAACUCUUGGGGCGCAAGAGCUUUAGAUGUCAAAAUUACUGAUUCUGGUAAAGAUCCGCUUGAGCAUAAAGUUAAUACCACUACUGUUGACACAUUUAACUGGGACAAAGAUGUUGAGUUUUAUUUAUAA